CAACCAGCUUCAACGCCCAGCGACCACCAGACCUAACCAUCCAGCCUAUUCACCCGACAAAUCAUUCGCAAUGGCUCCCAUCAAGAAGGCGAAGAAGGACCAGAACUCCAUCAACAGCAAGCUUGCGCUUGUUGUCAAGUCUGGUCGCAUCGUGCUGGGAUACAAGGAGACCCUCAAGACCCUCCGCACCGGCAAGGCCAAGCUCGUGCUGAUUGCUGGCAACACUCCUCCUCUCCGCAAGUCUGAGCUCGAGUACUACGCCAUGUUGAGCAAGGUCCCCGUUCACCACUUCGGUGGCACCAACAUCGAGAUGGGAACUGCCGUUGGAAAGCUCUUCCGUUGCGGUACAUUGGCCAUCAUUGAUGCCGGUGACUCCGACAUCCUCAGCGACCAGGUCGCUUAAGUGGAUUGAGUCUGGUCUGGCUGGUAACGGCGUUGGGGAAUAUGGUCGAAGGAAAAGGAAAAAUGCGUCCCGCAAAUCGGGAUCGCGGCUAGGGAUACGCCGCUAUGAUACCUCAGGAUUGUCAAAAGGACAUGACUUUACGAAAGACCAUAGGCACUUUGAAUCAAAAAGAACUCGCCUGUUACUCAGCCAUUUUACGAUG